CCGAGGUUUUGCCCGAGGUUUUGGCCCAGUUUAAAUGGUUUUGUCCAUCUCUCCCCUCUGUUCACCACUGCCCCCGAAACUGUGUUGUCCAUCCCAGUUGACCACCACCACCACCAUCCAUCCACUUUUAUGACCACAAACAACUUAAAUGAUGGAGCAAGCACAACAAGCACACCCCAUACUCUCGCCUCCACUCUCAGCAGUACUCAGAGCCGGAACACUCUCGCCCGGAACCAGAUACGCGCCCAGUCCUACCGUCAAGAGUCUCAAGAGAAUCCUAGAACAACAGCAGAAAAAGGGAGUCUUACUCACUCCAUUGGAGAGGAAUAUCAGGUCGAUUAAUUAUCAGUAUUCAUUGCUCUUCAAGAACCAUCAUCUUCAUCAUCAGCAUCAGCAUUCACCCGCCUCUUCUCGAUCGACGACUACUGUCCAGAUCUCAGAUUCACAGCCCCCUUCGCAACAACAAGAACAGUGGGCUAUCAAUACCACCACAGCUAGUAGGAUCAAGCGCUGGUUCACGCUCAAUUGGAGCCCUAAAUCCCUCCCAGAGUCCUCGCGAAAUAUUACCACUACUACUGCAACUGCUGAUGUUGGAGCAGACCAACAAAAUCUCAUAGCGGCCGAUCCAGACUCGUUUUCUAAACCCAAAUUCCCGUUGGUCCUUUGUCAUGGCUUGCUCGGAUUCGACGUCCUUGGUCCUGCUGCCCUUGGACUCACUUAUUUCCGGGGAGUCCGCGAGGCGCUCGAAGAGAGAGGCGUCGAAGUCUAUGUGGCUAAAGUCCCGGCUUGUGCAAGCAUCGAGGAAAGAGCAAAGACCUUGGCCCAGUUUAUCGAGACUAGAUUGCCGGGUCAGACGGUGAACUUGAUCGGCCAUUCAAUGGGAGGCCUAGAUUCGCGAUUCAUGAUCACCCAUCUGCGCCCGACCUCGUUCAAAGUGGCCUCUUUGACAACUAUAGGAACGCCGCACCGGGGGAGUGCGUUUGCGGACUACUUACUACUGGACAUUUUAGGGCGCCAACAUCAUUCGAAAUUCCUUCAGAUCUCCAAGAGCCUGGGAUUGCCGGGAGGGGGGAAAGCAUUUGUGGAACUGACGAGUGAACAGAUGGCAGUCUUUAACCAAAACACACCUGAUCUCCACGGGAUUUCGUAUUUCUCCUAUGCCGCUGUGUGCGAGCCUUCGUUUGCGAGCCCUUUCAGAUUGUCUUGGGGCGUCGUUUAUGAACGCGAAGGGCCUAAUGAUGGUCUCGUGUCCGUUGCUUCCGCUCAAUGGGGCUCUUAUUUGGGCACCCUUCAUAACGUUAAUCAUGCCGAACUCGUCGGCUGGGUCGAACCUUGGAAAACUUCUUCUUCUAAAAAGCAUUUGGCCAAUCUUCAUUUAGAUGAUCAAGACCAACAACAUCAAAAACAAAAACAAAAACAACAGCAACAGCAACAACAAGAUCUGAGCCGAUUAAUGGAUCCGGAUAAGCCUCACACACAUGAGUUUCAAGUCGUCCCUUUUUACCUCCAAGUGGUCGACUCUUUGGCCAAAAAAGGAUUCUAA